GCAUCAGCCGCUGGGUCUGUGCUGGCGGCUGGUACGUCGGAGAAGAUUGUGUUUGCUGCAGUAUACCUCGCGGGAGUCUGGCGCGGUGUGCCGGGAGACUAAGAAAAGAAGGGCUAGAGUAAGUGUUCCCCUGGGCCGCUUGAGUCGGAACUAGAGUAUUUCCUUCCUGCCAGGCAAGUGCCCGUAGGAACCGGACCCCGCCCCCUUCCCGGCCUAGACUCUCCCCUCCCUGUCCCUUUCCCACUGGGGAUCUUUUCGUUUCCUCUUGUUCUGCCUGCGAACCCCCGCCGAGGUCAUGAAGCUCGUGAGAAAGGACAUUGAGAAAGACAAUGCGGGCCAGGUGACUCUAGUCCCCGAAGAACCUGAGGAUAUGUGGCACACCUACAAUCUAGUGCAGGUGGGCGACAGCUUGCGUGCCUCCACCAUCCGCAAGGUACAGACCGAGUCCUCCACGGGCAGCGUAGGAAGCAACCGGGUCCGCACUACUCUCACUCUCUGCGUGGAGGCCAUUGAUUUUGACUCUCAAGCCUGCCAGCUGCGGGUUAAGGGGACCAACAUCCAAGAGAAUGAGUAUGUCAAGAUGGGGGCUUACCACACCAUUGAGCUGGAGCCCAACCGCCAGUUCACUUUGGCCAAGAAACAGUGGGACAGUGUGGUUCUGGAGCGCAUCGAGCAGGCCUGUGACCCAGCCUGGAGUGCAGAUGUGGCGGCUGUGGUGAUGCAGGAAGGCCUCGCCCAUAUCUGCUUAGUCACUCCCAGCAUGACCCUCACUCGGGCCAAGGUGGAGGUGAACAUCCCUAGAAAACGGAAAGGCAACUGUUCCCAACAUGAUCGGGCUUUGGAGCGGUUCUAUGAACAGGUGGUCCAGGCUAUCCAGCGCCACAUAAACUUUGAUGUUGUGAAGUGCGUCCUGGUGGCCAGCCCAGGAUUUGUGAGGGAGCAGUUCUGCGACUACAUGUUUCAACAAGCAGUGAAGACCGACAACAAAGUGCUCCUGGAAAACCGGUCCAAGUUCCUUCAGGUACAUGCCUCCUCUGGACACAAGUACUCCCUGAAAGAGGCCCUUUGUGACCCUUCUGUAGCUAGCCGCCUUUCAGACACUAAAGCUGCGGGGGAAGUAAAAGCCUUGGAUGACUUCUAUAAAAUGUUACAACAUGAACCUGACCGAGCGUUCUAUGGACUCAAGCAGGUGGAGAAGGCCAAUGAGGCUAUGGCAAUUGACACACUGCUUAUCAGCGAUGAGCUUUUCAGGCACCAGGAUGUCGCUACACGAAGCCGGUAUGUGAAGCUGGUGGACAGUGUGAAAGAGAAUGCAGGCACGGUUAGGAUAUUCUCUAGUCUUCAUGUAUCAGGGGAACAGCUCAGUCACUUGACUGGAGUAGCUGCCAUUCUCCGCUUCCCUGUCCCUGAACUCUCUGACCAAGAGGAUGAUUCCAGUUCUGAAGAAGAUUAAUGAUUGGACCUUAUAACUGAUAAAAGCUGUGUCUCCAUUGUUACAUUUUCUUAGCAUCCUGACAGAAAGCUGCAAGGCACCUUGUGAUUCUUACAGGGAUUUCUCAUGUAUUUGGCCACACUAGGUAUUUUGUGAUUGGCAGGACAUGUGUUCAAACUAAGCAAUAAAUUAAAAGGAAAUAAUCGCCAUGUACUACCAUUUUUAUUAAUUAGAAUAAUUUAUGUAGAAAUUAUGAGUUAUUUGCAAUACUUAAAAAUACUUUGUGUAUAUAAGAAUGCCUAUAUAUUCUUUGGGAUAGAUCAUAAAAUCCCAGUGUCAUACUUUGAAAUAAGUUUUCCUUAGGAAAAGCUAUUUAAUAUUUCAUUAUCCUCAGUUUACAUUGUUUAUUUUAAUUAUGCAUAGUGUUCUUGUACGGGAUUUAAUGAUCCCUUUCCUCCAUUUCCUCUACACUUUUUUUUUUAAUUUGCUAUUUUAAGUGAUGGCCAAAUAAUUUGUAGACUUUUCUAGAAGACAAAUUUAAAAUGGUAUUUUUCUUAAGAGACUUGUUAAAUCAGUCAUGUUACAAGUAAACUCUUGGUGGGUUUUUGUUUGUUUCGCCUUGUUUUACAGUUAAUCAUACUUGCUUUGGAGGACCACUUCAUCAGUUAUUUUUAGAUCAUAGAGUUUUGAUCUGCUAGGGAUUCUCAAGAUAAGUUAUUUGAGGUAUCUUUAUUUUUUUUAAAUGCAAUUAAGGUGUGUGAUUUGCUUGUUACGUAGCUAAUUAGUGCUAAAGCUGAAAAGUAGUCCCAGCUCUGGGCUCCAUUUCUUUGCACUGCCACACUAAUUAUGUAUUUAUUUGGCUUAUCCUAGAUAUAUGUAGUGCUAUCUUAUAUUUCUAUGUGGCAUUAGUCUGUGCUUGCACAUUCUUACCGGACUCUCUCUCUACAUCCUAUUUUAGGGGGUGAAAGGCCUGUUCAGAAAGUUUGAUUAAGUCACAUCAUUAGUAGUAUGUGGUAGUUGACUUGUACUCCAGUACUCUACUGUAAUGAGGGAGUUUCUGCUAAUACCUGAGAUUUUAAAAUAUUUUCAUUAAGUAUUUUGGAUGUGCAUUUUAAGAGUUCGGGAGGGAUCCUUGGAAUGGAAUUGCAUCCUGACCUUUUACAAACCUCAAUUUAGCAAAAUAAUUAGGAAAGGCAUUAUGAAGAAAGAGUGGUAAUUAAGUUUGUAACACAUUGGUACCUACUUCAAAUACAGAUACUAAGUAAACUUUUGCUGUCCUUUCUGUGUCUAGGCUUUUCUCCUGGGACAAGUGCCAGGUCUGGGGAUUAUUUUUUUAUAAACUUCUAACUAAGCUGAGUUUAUUUUAAUCUAUAAUUAGGAAUAGACACUUCCUGGGCGCCUGGGUGGCUCAGUUGUUAAGCAUCUGCCUUCGGCUCGAGUCAUGGUCCCAGGGUCC